UGGCACAAAGCUAACCAGCAUUAUUCCGCGAUUCUACAUGGCACAGAAUAUAUUUUUCUGUUCAUUCCGAUUUUAGCUUUCACGUCCAACACUUCAGUCAACAUUUUAAGCAACAAUUAUAGUCCAUUAGACAAGAGAAGAUAAUCAGUUAUCUUCGAAAAUGGAAGAUUUAAUUCCUCUCAUCAAUAAACUUCAGUCGGUCUUCAAAACGACGGGUAUGGAAGAAAUCAAACUUCCACAGAUCGUCGUGGUUGGUGCCCAGAGUUCGGGUAAAAGUUCCGUUCUCGAAAGUCUGGUAAAGAAGUCCUUCCUUCCUCGAGGGACCGGAAUUGUAACGCGAUGCCCCAUUAUCCUGCAAUUGAACCAGAUCAAGGAAGCUUCUAAGAAAGGGAAACAUGAUUCUAAAGGUCCUGAUGAAUGGUGUAGAUUUUCCAAAACUCCAGAAAAAACUUAUACCGACUUUGAUGAAGUCCGUCAUGCGAUUGAAGAUCUUCAAGUCGAAAUGGCCGGUGACAAGAAGGGAAUUUCUAUGGAGCCAAUCAUCCUCGAGGUCUUCUUUCCUAAUGUUAUUGAUCUGACCGUCGUGAAUUUGCCAGGAAUUGUCAAGAUUGCUCUUGAUGGACAACCCUGGGACAUUGAAGAACAGGUCCACAACCUGAUUACAAACUACAUCAAUAACGAGUCGGCCAUCAUUCUGGCCGUCUCGGCUGCUAAUGCUGACAUUGCGACGUCCGAAAGCAUAAAAAUUGCAAAUAAGGUCGACCCAAAUGGAAACAGGACAAUUGCAGUCGUAACAAAGCUCGACCUUAUGGACAAGGGGACAGAUGCCGCAAAUGUGCUGACCGGUGAGAUUAUCAAGGUCAAGUUGGGAAUCAUUGGCGUUAUUAAUCGAUCACAACAAGACAUCAACAAUAAUACGAGCAUGGAAGAAGCAUUGCGGAAAGAGGAGGAAAUUUUGCGAAAGACGUACCCUCAAAUUCAUGGAAUUGGAUCUCCAUAUUUAGCCAAACGACUCAACCAAAUUCUGACCGAUCAUAUUCAUCAGAAUCUGCCUGCGUUGAUUAGACGAAUUGCCCAAUUAUCGGAGAAAUGCGAAAGUGAUCUGCACUGUUUGGGACGAGAGAUAUCCACGGAUGCAAAAGAUUGCUCAUGGCUAAUAAUGGAAACAACGUUGCAAUUUGUGAAAAAUUUUCGAGAAAUUGUUCACUUUCGACCAAUUGAUGUUCUGGAUGACGAAGCAGAUUUAUUUGCCGUCAGUGUUAAUGGAUCGUUCAAGAAACUGAGAGAAGAAAUUGUAACGGACGAAAAGAGUAUUGACACUUUGCAAAUCAUGAAGGCGUUAAAGAACACGCAAAAUUUUGAAGGAUUUGCGUCAAUCGAGCAAGUAUUUAAAACAAUUGUGAAGAAGCAAAUCAUGUUGAUGGCGUCUCCAGCAAUCCAUUGUGCUCAAGAAGUUCAUGAUUUACUGUCUCUAACCGCAAACAAGUGUUUUGAGGAUCCACGACUUAAAUAUCUAAACAGGAUGAUAAAAGGCGUGGUCGAUGACUUGUUGGAUGACCAAUUAAAACAUACCAUCACCGGCAUUAAUGAGUACAUAAAGCUCCAAACGGGAAUGAUUUUUUCGUCGGACGAAGUUUUUGUUCGCUUGCUGACGGAAGUCCUGACCCAAAGAAAGAUGAAUUGGAAAUCGCUGCUGAUGGCUUAAUCAACAAAGCUCUGAAUUCAUCUGCUUCGAUCGUAACCGCUUUUCCUUUGAUUACCGAACACAGCGUAACGCAAUUAAAUGAUCACCGCGUUCUGUAUGUUCACAAGCUGAUCAUGAAGUAUCUGGAGGUUGUGAAACGAGAACUCUCUGAUUAUGUCCCAAAGUAUUUGAUGUUUCAAUUGGCUGAUCAAACGAUCAAUAAAAUUUCAGAAGCUAUUAAAAUGGCUACAAUCGGUAAAGAAAGUCAUUUGGUAUCAGAGCCGGAGGAAAUUCAACUUCAGAGGAAGCAUAAACAGGAAUUACUGAAGAAUCUCUGAGAUGCUGCAAAAAUCAUCCGGGAUAUCAAAUAGCGUUCGAGUCCUCAUGAAACGUACACGUUUGAAAGCACUCAUCAAGUGCAAUAAUUUGAAGCAUUUAGAUAAUUUCAUACAGUUUCUUAUGAUACUCGUUCUUCUUAAUUGUCGAUUUUAGUCUGUCCUUUACGUGGCAUUAAUUUUUUUAAUACAUGACAUUUAUACCAUUUUUUGAAUUUUUGAAUCUCAUUUACACGAGCUCUUUUGCAGAACUUGUUACUUAUCUCACAUAAUAAAUUUCAUACAUGUCCAAAAUCGGUUUAGAGGCUUAACCUUAACCAACACUUGUACACUAAACUGAUAAACUAUAUUUCUGAUAAACAUAAAACUUGAAUAAAAUAAACUUACUGAUAAUUGUCAAAUGUAAUGCAUAAUG